UCGAGAGAGAAACUCACACGGAUGCGACGCAGUAUGAGAGCGUCGUCCGGACGAUGAGGACUUUUAAUUUAUUAUUUUUAAUAAUAUAUUUGUAAUAAUAGUUAUUAAAAAAAAUUUGUCUCAUUAUUAUUGAAUACUUGAUCCAAUUAUAAAUACACUAUUGAUGCAAAUUUGUUUUUUCGAUUUUCAAGUAUUUCGAAAUUUCGAAAUAUACAAUAUUUAAAAUUCAUUAUUAUUAUUAUUUAAAUAUUCCAUCAUAAAUUUCAUAAACAAACAAGAAAAAAUACCUUUUUUUUUUUCUUCAGAGUUAAAAGUGUUUAUAAAUAAAUAUUUUUAUUUUUAAUUGAAAAUAAUAAUUAUUGUGGUGAAAUUAGUGAUUAAAAUAGUUAUGUGGUAAUAUGGCAGAAAGACGAAGGCUUCCAAACAUGGAGCCUCAAUCAGUAUUAUUUCCAUCGUCAUCAUCGUCAUCAUCGUCGUCGACAACUUCAUCCUCAUCAUCUUCAUCAUCAUCUUCUUCUUCAUCAUCAUCAUCACCACCAUCAAAAAAAUCAAAAUAUCCAGAAGUUAAUAAAGAAGAUUGUAUUGAUGAAAUUGAUUGUUCUGAAAAUCUUGAAACAAAUGAAAGAUUAUUAUCACCAGAAAAUACAACAAGUAAUAUAAAUAAAAAAAUUAAUAAUAAAAAUGAAUCAUUACCAGGUACAUCAUCAUAUAUUGAUAAUAAAAAUAAAGCUGAUGAUAAAUCAAUAAUUGAUAUAAAUACAAAUAUUGGAACAUUUAUAAAUGAAAAUAAAAAUUAUAAAGAAUUAUCAUUAAUUGGUGAUGGUGCAUAUGGUACUGUUUAUAAAGCAAAAGAUAUAACAAGUGGUAAUAUUGUUGCAUUAAAAAAAGUACGUGUACCAAUAACAGAAGAUGGUUUACCAACAUCAACAUUACGUGAAAUAUCAAGUUUAAAACAGCUUGAACGUUUUGAACAUCCAAAUAUUGUUAGAUUACUUGAUGUAUGUCAAGGUAAUUCACAUGAAUCACCAAAUAAAAAUUUAAAUAAUGAAAAAUGUGAUAUAUUAAAUAGUUCAUUAACAUUAUGGCUUGUAUUUGAACAUGUUGAACGUGAUCUUGCAUCAUAUAUUAGUAGUUUUAAAAAUACAUCAAUAUCAAAAACAUUAAUUAAAAGUAUGUCAAAUGAUAUUAUAACUGGUGUUGAUUUUUUACAUACAAAUAGAAUAAUACAUCGUGAUCUUAAACCACAAAAUUUAUUAGUAACACGUGAUAAUAAAAUUAAAAUUGCUGAUUUUGGUCUUGCUAAAAGUUAUGAUUUUGAUAUGAGAUUAACAUCAGUAGUUGUUACACUUUGGUAUAGAGCACCAGAAGUAUUAUUGGGUUGUACAUAUGCAACACCAAUUGAUUUAUGGUCAAUUGGUUGUAUACUUGCUGAAUUAAAUUCAUUAAAUCCAUUAUUUCCUGGAACAAGUGAGGGUGAUCAAUUGGAUCGUAUAUUUCAAAUAUUAGGAACACCAAGUCGUGAUGAAUGGCCAAAUGAUGUAUCAUUAAGUUGGAGUGCAUUUCCACAAAGACAAGGAGUAUCACUUAAAUCAAUAAUACCAAAUAUUGAUGAUAAUGCAUUACAACUUAUCACAAAUAUGUUGACAUUUAAUCCACGUGUACGAUUAACAGCUGCUCAAGCACUCAGUCAUGCUUAUUUUCAAACUGAAUCUUGAUAUUAUUAUAUAUACAUUUUUUUUUUUUUUUUUCAACAUAGAAUCAAAAUAAUUUAAACAAAAAAAAAAAAUAAUAAGACUUAAAUACUUGGCGUUUACUUACAGCUCAUUUUUCAAUAUAAAAACUUUUUUUUUUU